UAGUCAAAUUCAAUUUAGCUUAGCCCAACAGUCCCAACCCAACAGAGUAUAUUUUAAAAAAGUACCUUGCUUGGUCAUUAUUUAAUAAAAAAUGGCAUCUCUUGAAGUAGACGAUGAAGCGAUGACGGGGCCUACAAGUUCCAAGAAAGAACAGCCUGUUAAAAAACACUGCAAUUUACCUUGGAUUGAAAAGUAUAGACCACAAACAUUUCAAGAAAUAGUAGGGAAUGAAGAUACCAUUACAAGACUUUCAGUAUUUUCCAAGCAAGGAAAUUUACCAAAUAUAAUUAUUGCAGGUCCACCUGGAGUGGGAAAAACCACCACAAUUUUAUGCUUGGCAAGAAUUCUAUUAGGACCUGCAUUUAAAGAUGCUGUAUUGGAACUUAAUGCAUCUAAUGAUAGAGGAAUUGAUAUAGUAAGAGAUAAAGUUAAAAGAUUUGCACAACAAAAAGUAACAUUGCCCCCUGGCAGGCACAAAAUCAUAAUACUGGAUGAAGUAGAUAGUAUGACAGAUGGUGCACAACAAGCUCUGAGGAGAACCAUGGAAUUGUACACCAACACAACCAGAUUUGCUCUGGCUUGCAAUUAUAGUGAGAAAGUGAUUGAAGCUAUACAGUCUCGUUGUGCCAUCCUUAGGUAUUCUAGGCUUUCUGAUGCACAAGUUUUAGCAAGAACUUUGCAGAUAUGUGAAAAAGAAAAUGUAAAAUAUACUGAAGAUGGUCUUGAAGCUAUAGUUUUUACAGCUCAAGGUGACAUGAGACAGGCCUUAAACAAUUUGCAAUCCACUCACAAUGGUUUUGGUGAAGUAAAUUCUCAAUCAGUGUUUAAAGUAUGUGAUGAACCUCACCCUAUGUUGAUAAAAGACAUGUUGAAAAAUUGUUCAAAAGGUGAUAUCAGAAAGGCCUAUAAAGUAACAGAGCAUUUGUGGAAUUUGGGUUAUGCAGCAGAGGAUAUAAUAAAGAAUAUCUUCAAGGUCUGCAAAAAUAUGGAUAUGGAAGAGGGGUUAAAAUUAGAAUUUAUAAAGGAAAUUGGCCUGACUCAUCAAAGAAUAGUGGAUGGUCUAUGUUCUCUAAUGCAAAUGUCUGGAUUAUUGGCAAGGUUAUGUAAAGCUGCUAAAGGGGACACCAGGAUGUAGCCAUUUCAACCACUUUUUCACCCAACAAUUAUUAAGCAUUUUUUAAUAAAUAUUUUCAUAUUGUGUUUGAAGUUUUCUUACUGGAUGGACAAAAGUAUGAAAUAGUA